AUGUCAUUCUUGCUUUCCUCAUCACUCCGUCUUGUUUCUGCCGUCAACGUCAAGAUGAGUUUUCAAACUUCAUAAAACUUCUAGUUUUCAAAAUAAGUAUCUGAGUUGUAAGCGCUAGUAGAUUAGGCCCGCGGGACUCCCGGAGUGCCGAUCCUUUUUGCUUGCAAAUUGGAUACGCAAAGUCACGCCGAAGCCCAUUCCAGUGGCUGAAGCACAAACUGUUGGCAGCGCGAUGCUGACAAAGCGAUGAUGGGACCCCCGCGGGAAAGGCCGUCACGGCUUCCGGCGUCUAGGAUUCUUAGUUCUGACAAUGCCGAGCGGAGCUCUAGCGCACCGCCUAGUUAGUUCUUCUGACUGGAUAAAGCUUCUCUAACUUACUUGAGACAUUCCAUAGCUAACUAGGCAAAACAUUGCAAUUCUAAUAUUUCAAUCGAGUUGCUUUUUUCAAUGUUGAAAUUAUUGCAGGAAGUUUUCAACGAAAUUUUUCGGAUCAGCCCAUGGAGAAUCGACGAACGACAACUCCAAAUAGUGCAGUUCGAUAUUUGAAACUUUUUCAAAAAUUACUUUUUCUUCAGAAAAAAAACGUCUGGAGCAUUCUUUUUGAAAUUGGAAACAAAAAGCGUAUUGGAGAAACUACCGACUACUACUGGAAUCAUUGA